CCGGUGAAUGAAUUUACCGGCAAUAAGCCAAUCUUGGUACCCCUCGAAUAUUUUUUUAUUUGUCUAGAUCUAUUGAAACGUCAACGAUGUUAGUCAUUGAGUUUAUCACAUUGUCAUUAAAUUAGAUUUGAUAUUAUCGACGAAAUCCACGAUAUUUGUAGCACUUCCGCAGUACGGAAUCAACAACUCAACUCGACGAAUUUCAGAUGAACCGUGAAGCCGUACAUUUGUGCAUCACUAAUUACACUUGGAAAGGUUUAUCUGCAUGAACUAGACUUCGAAAACGGAUUUGAAAAAUGGGAGACCUAAAACCUCUGCAUCUGGGUAGCAAUUUACAAGAUCUGGAAAGCCAUUAUCAACUUAACAAAACCAUCACCAAUAAGAAAUUGCAGAUACUUUGUAAUGGUGCUAAGAAGUUGAAACAGCAAGCCGAUCGGUUUUAUUUAGAGCGCGAUGAAGAAAAUGCCUACGUCAACUAUAUGAAAUUUUUCAAUCUCAUCGAAACCAUUAGGAAAAACAAGGAAUAUGCAGAAAAAAAACCGAUGGUUUUGGCCAUCUUAGGAUCUAAUAGUGAAGUAACUCUGACGUUGAACAAAUUGGAGAAACUCGCAACAAGUCUCAAGAAUCGUUAUGCGGGGAUCAAUGCCAGCCGGGAGCGUGAAAUGAACAAAAGUCGAAGUCAAAAGGAUAACAUUAGUACGAUAAUGCCUUAUGCUAAGAGUGCUGUUGAUGCCAAAGAACUAUUCGGCAUGAUUAACGACAGUAAGCUUAGUAUGUUGAUAAUGGAUUGUCGUUCGGACGAAGACUUCGAGAAGUCGCGACUAAAAUACGACCAUGUCAUAAACAUCCCAGAUAGUUGGCUUGUAGCUGGUAUGACGGCCGGUAAAAUUCACGAAAAGCUUGGGGAUUCGUCGAAACCCAUUUGGCAAUCCCGAAGGGUGAAGGAGCAAAUAGUGCUGAUGGACUACAACACUACAGGUACCCCUACGAAGGAUUCUCCUAUUUGGGUUCUCAAUGUCAUUUUGAAAAAUUGGGAUCCGGACACAAACUACACGAAACCUCUGUUGAGAGUAGAAGGAGGCUACAAGGAAUUCCAGUUGCUCUAUCCCAUGUGCUGUAUCAAUCCUAAUUACUCGCCUCCUGGUAAUGAAAUAAGCUAUGAUACUCGAUUGGAAGAUAUCGAGUAUCCCAAUAUAAGUGAUAUUCGGAUGAAGGAAGAUAGCUUCAGUUCGCAACCCGAUCGACCGAUAAUUGAUCGCAAUAGUAAAGCAGCUGCGCUGCACACCUACGAGGCAAAGGCCAAACCAAUCAACGAGAUCUUAGACGAACAAGAAAAACUAAUGGACAAAUCAGCUAAAAAUGAAAAGGAGCUGUUCUCAACGGUGGUUAAAUUGGAACAAGUCCACGACGUAGAAGAAAAAACCGUAGAUGACGAAGAGAAACGCCAACUGCGCGAAAAGGCAACGCAACUACAUUAUAUGUUGAUGCAGAUGGAGAAUAAGCAAAAGGAUUAUAUAUCGGAAAACACAAUCUUGCGAGAACAAGUACAGGAGUUGGAAGCGAAGGAACGAAGCUUUCAGGAGCAAGGUGAACGUAUUUCUGCUCAACAAGCAAGGAAAUUGGAAGAAGCUGCCAAUCGUAAAAGACUCAAGGACGAUGAAACGAUACGCGAACAGGAGCGUGUUCGUCUUACGCAUGAACGAGAGGAGAAAUUGAAGAUCGCUUAUGAAAACAAACGUCAUAUGAAGGACUAUCAAGACGAUGUGGGAAUCCCACAGCCGAAAAUUCCCCAGAUAGAUCGAUCUGCUAAACCAACACAUAUUGUAUCGGAUUACAAAGGGAACGUACAGCGAGACUUUUCUCCGGUGAUCGGCAGCGUGGGACGCGGAUUAACCGGACUGAAAAAUUUGGGCAACACGUGCUACAUGAAUAGCAUUCUUCAGUGCCUGAGUAAUACCAGAUUCCUAACAGAAUACUUUGUCGAAGGGACAUUCCGUAAUAAUCUGAAUAGAUCUAAUAAGACUGGUGGUCGAAUUGCUGAGGAAGUGGCAGCAGUAGUAUACACCUUAUGGACGGGCAAAUAUAAGUGUAUUGCUAGUAAGAAUUUAAGGUAUGUUGUCGGUCAGUAUGAGCGACAAUUUAGCGGAGUCGAGCAACAAGACUCACAUGAGUUCCUUACCAUUUUAAUGGACUGGCUUCACUCUGAUCUGCAAACUGUUGCAAUGCAGAUUGAUUCAAAUUUAGAUGAUCUACAAGCUUCGGAAAAAGCGUGGUUAGAAUACUUGAAGUAUAAGGAGAGCUAUGUGUCACAGCUCUUCUACGGACAAAUUAAGAGUACCGUUAAAUGCAAACGAUGUGGGAAAGAAAGUGCCACGUACGAAUCUUUUUCAAGUCUCAGCCUUGAACUGCCUUAUGAUUCAAAUCGGUGCCAUUUGAAUGACUGUCUGGAGAUGUACUUCCAUGGCGAACACAUACGAGGCUGGAACUGUCCCAGGUGCAAAAGCAAUCAAGAUGCCGUAAAAAAGUUGGACAUAUCGAGAUUGCCUUCAAUAUUAGUCAUUCACUUCAAGCGGUUCUACGCAGAUGCAGACCCGAUUUCCACCAUGUACAGGAAAAAGCAAAGCUACGUAAAAUUUCCGUUGGUCGAGCUAGAUAUGUCUACGCAUAUCGCACCGUCUGAGCUGAACCGCAACAAACAUCUAAGAAAUCGUCGGUACCAUCUGUACGGUGUUUCGAAUCAUUACGGGUCGAUGGAGAGUGGUCACUACACCGCAUUUUGCAAAAAUUGGCUACAUCAAAAGUGGUACAAAUUCGAUGAUCAUACCGUGGCGAAUUUGGACAUGUCGGAUAUAUGCUCUAGUGCGGCAUAUAUACUUUUCUACUCCAUGCUUCCAGACCAAUCGCCAACGGAUAUGCAGAUACGAUAGGUUACAGUUAUAGUUUCGAAACGAAUACCUGUGAUUUUAAUCAAAACGUUCAAGCUUAUGCAGAUACAUGAGAAGUAUGUAAAAAAAUACAGAAUAAUAUACGUAUAUUUUACUUGA